AUGUCUGAAUUCAAAACGGUCAUCCAAAAUAUUAUUAAUGAUGCCUCCCCAGGUGAAUUAGAACCCAUUUUCAAUGAUUUAUUGACCAUUUCAGGGGUUAAUGGAAAGGAUACCAUUCUUAAUACCAUCCGUGAAUACAACAAAGAACGUGGGACUAUUGUUCAUUUGAAUGACAAUGGAAAACUCAUCAUAUCUAAUUAUAAUCAAUUUCAAAAUGAAGAAGAAGAAGAUACUAAGGAUAUAUUUAUUGAUUAUAAUAAUAAUGGGCAGAUUGUUAAAAUAGACCCAAUAACUUUAAAAGGUACAAUAUUAGAUAGUUCUGCAGAAACGAAAUCUAUUCCAAUUGACACUGCUUUGAAACAAUAUGUUGAAAAGAAUUUCCCAGGAACAUAUUCUAUUGCCAUGUAUCCAUAUAAUAAUGAGGGUAAAUACAUUAUUUAUAUUAUUAGUGAUAAAUAUAAUGAAUCAAAUUUUUGGAAUGGUCAAUGGAGAUCACACUAUAUAGUAGAUAUGGAUAAGAAUACUGUGGAAGAAGGGGAAAUUAAUGUUGAUGUUCAUUAUUAUGAAGAUGGUAAUGUCAGAUUCCAAUCAAAUAAAAAAUAUACAAAUGAUUUAGAUAGUGAUCAGUCUAUCGUUGAUCUUAUUGAAAAAUGGGAGACAGAUUUUACUAAUGAAUUAUAUAAACAGUUUGAAAACUUGAAUCAAAAACAAUUCAAAGGUUUAAGAAGAAAAUUACCUGUGACUAGAUCUAAAGUUAAUUGGGGGAAAGCCAUUGGCAAUUAUAGACUAGGAAAGGAUGCAGCUUCUAGAUAA